AUGCUUUAAAUAGAGAGUAGGGAGAGAUAAACUAAUGAAGCAGAGUAAUCUGCUGGCAACAAUCCUGAAAGUCCUAACAAGAAUUUAUCUUCUUGGGAUAGAGACAAGAGUCACUCAGAAACCAGAUCUAAUGACAAGCAUCGCAGAUCAAAGAGUAAUGACUCAGCUAAGAACAAUGAAGGAGUCUGCCUCUAUGUUGCCAAUUUGUCAAAGAGAGUCAAUGACAGAGAUCUUGAGCAGCUCUUCGAGAAAUAUGGCAAACUGCAAAAAUGCACAGUAGUAAUUGACCCCAUCACCAGUGAGUCCAGAUGCUUUGCAUUUGUAAUAUUCGAGAACAAAGAUGAAGCUGAAGAAGCUGAACGAUAGCUUCACAAGCACAAUCUUCACGGAAAGGAGAUAAUUGUCGAAAAGUCUAAGAGACUUAAGCCAAGAGAAGCCACACCUGGAAGAUACAUGGGCAAGCCGAAAAGGUAUCCUCAAUCUGGAAGAUCAGGAAGAUACGGUGAUGAAAGUAGGAGAUUCCGAGAUGGUUCAAGAAGUCCAGAGAAUCGAGUUGGCGGUAGAUAUAGAAGAAAUUCUAGAUCGAGAUCAAGAGGUGGUGGAUAUGAUGACCGUAACAGAGAUAGGAAUACUAGAGGAGGUGAAAUACCAAGUUUUAAGAAAAGAGAUGAUAGCAGAGAACGUAGAAGACCUCGUAUUAGCUUCUCAAGAAGUAGAAGUAGAGAUAGAAUUAGAAAUGGUGGGGAUAAAUAUUUUGGCAGUGGCUAAAGAAUUGCUGAUAGAACUGAUGAAAGAACUGGAGGUGGAAGAAGAAGUAAUGAUAGAUUCACUAGAAGAGGUGCUGAUGGUGAUUUUUACAGAGAUAGAAGUGGGAGUAGAGACGGUGAUAGGUAUAGUUUUAGAAGAGGCUGA